AGCUAUAGAUUUAUGUUGUAAAAUAAUAGGAUAUUAUUGUCUAGUGAAAUGUAUUAUUUUCAAGAAAUAAAAAUAACUGUUUGUCUUUCAAUUGAUGUAAACUAGUAGACAAUAGACGGAAUAUAUUGCCAAUACGGACUUAUAGAAACAUGCAGAAUGCAGUAUUUGUCGUGCUUUGGGUUGUGAGUUUGUCAAUGGUGAUUGCCCGACCGGAAAAAAAUACCCAGUCGUUCGAUACAAACGCACCCGAUCCAAACGAAAUUAUAUCCCAGUUGCCAGAGUCAUUGGAUACAGUGCAUUCGGACGGAAAAAUCCAGAAGGAUGAUAUCACAUCUAGAAGGAAAAAUAUUGUUCAUAAAAAGCGAUACAACGAUGCCAACCUUAGCAUCGAGUUAUUUCGAGAAACACUAUCACAUCAUGUUGGAAAUGCAGAAUCUAAAACUGAUAGAUGUCGGUACAUGAGAUGCCAACCGGGAGAAGAAUGUCUUGUGGAAGAUGAAAGAGCAAAAUGCGUAUGUAAAAGGCAUUGCAAGGCUAGACAUCAUCCAAUAUGCGGUACAGAUGGUGAAUAUUACGAGAACCAUUGUGAAAUGCACAGACAGGCCUGCUUGUCCGUGAGAGAUAUCUACGAUGCCAGGCACAAGGACUGUUUUUAUAAAGCAUCUGAAUGUAGUGGAUGGGAAUUGAAGCAAUAUCAAGAAAUGAUGAUGCAGUUUUAUCGUAACGUUAUGACAAGCGCGAAAUUACGUCACAAUGAGGGGAAAGACGGUAAAGUCCAAACAAAACUAAACCGAUCAAAACGGAGUACAAAAAAAGAAAGAACAGCUGAACGCAAAACCCACCGUCGAGGCGGUCUUGAUAUAAUCCCGGGCGAAGCAGGAGAUCCCGAAACGAACAAAAUUGUACCACCGAUUACUGAAGAACUCGACGUCAGUCCGAGUCCAAAAAGUCGCCUUCAGAAUGAUGUAAGCACGAGUCCAAGUGACACUCCACCUGAUCAAAUUCCUUCUGCAAAACAAGUUGUCAUCAAAGAUUCAUAUGAAUUUCUUAACGUUAUCCAGUCUAAGAUAAACCUCAGUAAUGAGUAUGAAGAAAUAAUGACGAAAGAUUCAGCAGGAGACAUGGUGAAAUACAUCUUUGCUCUCAUGGACUUAGACUCAAACGGCAAUGUCGGAAGUGAUGAAAUAUGGGAGAUUACGUCAUUGCAACAUCUGGAUAACGUUCUACCUGGUCCGUGCUCUCUCUUUCACAUUUUAAAAUAUGGAGAUACGAAUCUCGACAGAACAUUGGAUAUAUCUGAAACUUUCGAGUUGUUCAAUAUUAGCGUUUAUCGUCUACAAAAUCAGAAGCGAUAUGUUCACAGGCCUGCUACUUAUGGAAAUCCAAUGCAAUUAGAAUGUGGAAUCGAAGGAGAAUCUUCGCCUGUAUGGUAUCGAUAUGGACGUAAAGUACAAGAAAAGAACGGAGCUAAGGUGCUUGGAAGAACUUUAUACAUCAGUGACGUUACAUCAAAAAACGCGGGGAAUUACACUUGCAGUACAAAGAAAAAAGAAAGCAUAACUCAAACUAUUAAUUUGCAAAUUAUGGUUGCUCCCAAAGUGGAGAUUCAUCCAAGAACUCAGCACCCUUCCUUGCAAAGUAGUGCAACAGUGAAAUGUCAUGCAGAAGGAUUACCUCGUCCUAGAAUCACUUGGAAAAGAAACGGAGAGUCAUUAGAUCUGAAAAGCGGUCGAUACAUUUUAAUGGCUAAUAAUACUGAACUUCAUUUCAACUCCGUUGAGGAACAAGACAGCGCCGCAUAUAGUUGUACUGCAGAAAACGCAGCCGGCGUCGGAGAAGAUGUUGGAGCGAUUUAUGUCCAAACUGAUGACGUACAUGAAAGUGAAAGCGAAGCGUCCUCAGCCUAUUUUGUUUUUCAUGAACAUGGAAUAUCAAUUAUGGAUCCACAUUCUUGUCAACUUGUUAGGAGCAUUCAAAAUACGGAAAGAGUUCCCGGUCUACUAUCGCAGGAUAAACUUUGCGACUUGGUGGACGACGAAACCAGACAAUGCAUGUGGUCCGAUAGUAUUGAGGUCGGAUAUCGAUUUAUUUAUGUUGCUCAGCCAACAGAAGACAGAAUCAUAGUAGUAGAUAAACAACUUCAGCGAGUUGUUGAAGUUAUCACAACUGACCUUAUGCCCGUCGAACUUUACUAUGUCAAAUCCACAGACCAGGUAUUUGUCGUCUGCUGGGCAGAUUCACUUCGGACAGGAUCGUUAAUACAGGUCAUUCACCGCGCUGCUGUGACUGGAACUCAUUUUGCUGAACAUGUGAAACCAGUUGCAAUAUCUGGUCAUAGAACAUACGAUAGAGCGAUUCAUAGUUUGUAUAUUCCUCCAGAAACACCUCUCAAUCCGAAUUCAGAAUAUGGAUACAUUUUACACAAGAACGAAGCGGCUAUCCAUCGAUUGAAUCUUGCUACUCUAACGUAUUCCAAUCCUAUCGAUCUCUCUCCAUACGGGUGCAUUCCGUUACGACUUAAUUAUCUACCAAUCGGCGGUCUUCUCUAUAUCACGUGCGAGAGCGAAGAGGAUGGCAAGACAAUUCACGAGAUUGCAAUCGAUAUUGAGACCGACGUAGAAGUGAUUUUUAAGAAAAAUACUGGCGUGGCACAAGAAUUCUUUUCAUACGAUUAUAGUUUUGCGAUCAAACUUCGUCCUGGACACGACAUGAUCACACUUCACAAUAUUUCAAACGGCGGAGAAAUGCAUGAAUUUAUGAUGAUACGAACAAACUUCCAAGUAGCUGACACGUACUUUGCAAGAAAAAAAUAUAAUCCAGAAUCUAUGGUUGCCUACAUGGUGGCUAAAAACCAAGGCGAUAUAAUGUAUGUUGAUUUGGAGAAAAAGAAAGUAGAAAUAAUAAAUGGAAUGACAACUCCUGCUCCCGAACACGCUUGGCCAUGGAGAGAACGAUCAAGGAAAAUGACACCUAGUGGAUGGUUUGGAUGGUUUUUGGCCACAGCCGGACGCACAGGAAUGGAGAUUCUGGGUAUGAACUCAAAUCAAGUAUUGUGCAGAAUGGAUCAAUUUGUUCGAGUAACUGCUGUUUCAUGGUCUGGUGGAGAAUUCUGAGAGAAAAAGUAAACGCACGAUUGCGUUCCAGUUCCAUAUUUGACAAUGUUUUAAAAUUAUUGUUCACUUUAUGGCCAGUCAUAUUGCAUUUUAUUACAUUGCAUUAGUUGUAAAAUGAAAUUCGAUUCCACAAUUUCUUCAUCUGAAUUUUUGCAUUCCUAAAUUGUUCUGAGGCAUGCAGUAUUUAUAUUUGUUGUGGCUGAUUAGCCUUUGUAUUUUGAGUUUUGCACAUAACUGUACAUUAUUUGUUUAAAAGAUUAUAAAGAAAUGAAAAUACAUAUUCUCUUUGAAUAAUAAUAAGUGGAUCCAGCGAA